AUGCCGUCCGGGUCGGCCACGCAAUUCCGGUACACGCAGACGCCGUCCAAGGUGCUGCACCUGCGGAACAUGCCGUGGGAAUGCACCGAGGAGGAGCUCGUCAAGCUCUGCAAACCCUUCGGCAGGGUUGUAAACACCAUGUGCAACGUCGGCGCCAACCGCAACCAGGCCUUCGUCGAGUUUGCAGAUCAAAACCAGGCAAUUUCAAUGGUGUCCUAUUAUGCUUCAUCUUCAGAACCUGCUCAAGUUCGUGGUAAAACUGUAUAUAUCCAAUAUUCAAACAGGCAAGAAAUUACCAACAAUAAAGGCACUGGUGAUUCUUCUGGCAAUGUCCUACUUGUCACUUUUGAAGGUGUCCAGCCUAAUGAUGUUACCAUAGAAGUCAUUCAUUUGGUAUUUUCAGCAUUUGGGUUUGUUCACAAGAUAGCUACAUUUGAGAAAGCAGCUGGUUUCCAGGCGCUUAUCCAGUAUACUGAUGCCCCAACUGCUCUUGAAGCUAAAAACUCAUUGGAUGGAAGAAGCAUCCCAAAAUAUUUACUUCCAGAACAUAUCAGCGCCUGCCACAUGCGCAUCACCUUUUCUGCGCAUAAGGAUUUGAAUAUCAAAUUUCAGUCGCAUCGCAGCAGGGAUUACACCAAUCCUUAUCUUCCUGUGAACCAAACGGCAAUUGAGGGGAUUGUGCAGCCCAUAGUAGGCCCUGAUGGGAAGAUAAAGGAGCCUGAGAGCAAUGUACUUUUAGCAUCAAUUGAGAACAUGCAAUAUGCUGUGACGGUGGAUGUUCUGCACACUGUGUUUUCUGCUUUUGGUAGUGUUCAAAAAAUUGCAAUGUUUGAGAAGAACAGUGGAAUGCAGGCUCUAAUCCAAUAUCCAGAUACAACAACCGCAGCCGUUGCUAAACAAGCUUUGGAGGGACACUGCAUAUAUGAUGGUGGUUACUGUAAGCUUCAUCUGUCAUACUCUCGUCAUACUGAUCUCAAUGUAAAGGCGCAUGAUGAGAGAAGCAGGGACUACACUCUUUCAGACCCUAACGUGCAGCUGCAAGCUGCUGCACAAGCGCCAGUUCUAAGCUCUCCGGGAGUGGCAUGGCACAACACUGCAUCAGCACCAGCUGCUCCUUUUUAUGCAAGCACAGCGGCUUCAACUCCUGUUGGACAAGUGCCUGCUUGGAAUCCAAACAUGCAGGCAGGGGGUUUUGCACCUGCAUCGACUGCGUACCCCAACCAACCAUUAAUGGCCAACUCCAUGCCUCACUAUCCUGCUAUUGGAUCGAGUUCUGGUGCCCUGCCAGUAUCGUUUCAGGCUUCACAGCAGAUGCCACAGUAUGGCAUGCCCCCUGGUGCUCCGCCGCACGCACCACCAGCUGGCCAACCAAUGUACUUCCCGAAAUAA